UGGCCGACUUUGAGAGUCGACUGCGGCGGUAUCGCGAGCCGGUUCAACCAUCCCACGGCUGCAUACGUACGCAGGACGCAGCUCUCGGGUGUUGCCGCCGGGGUCCCAGGGCAAUGGAGUCCGACUCCGACCGCGACGCCUCCCUCCUCUCCCCCGCUCCAAACCCUAGCCACCAGCCGUUCCUCCGGGCAGCCAAGUCAGCGGCCUUCAAGCGCGAGGAGCGCCGCAAGCGCAAGGAGCGCAAGCGGCAGGACCGCCUCGCCCUCGCGCUCGCGCACUGGGAGCCCCUCGGCGCCCCGCCUCGCCCGGCAGCGACCGCUUCCCCAUCCCGCGCGCCAGCCGAAGACAAGCCGUGGCCGUGCGACCCGCCCCCGCCUCCGGACACCGCGCCCUCCGCCGCCUGGGGAUGGGACCCUCCAGCGGAAACCCCGCCACAGCCGGCCCCGCUGCCUGGACCCGCGGCCACGUGCCCCCAGGCCGCUGCGGUCAGGGCGUGCCGCGCGUUGUUCGGCGAGCACGCCGACGACGAGGAAGAGGAGGAAGAAGAGGGGGAGGAUGGCAAUCUGACCCGGUUCUUCGAGGAGUUGCUGGAGAAAGACGUGGCGCUGAGAGGGUUCUACGAGGCGGAGCGGGAGACGGGGCGGUUCAUGUGCCUCGUGUGCGAGGGCGUCGGCGCCAGGGCGGGCAAGAGGUUCGCCGGCUGCGCGGCGCUCGUGCAGCAUGCCCGUUCGGUCGCCCGGAGGACCAAGAGGAGGCUCGCGCACCGCUCCUUCGCGGACGCCGUCGGCCGCCUGCUCGGCUGGGGCGCCGGCCGCACCACGCCCUUUACUGUACGGUAAACGCAGAUUCUGACGAUCAUGGCGCUUGUGAUCAAAGCACGGGAAUGGAGAUGGCCUGAUUAAGCUCACUGUGCUUAGGAAUCGUUCUUCCUGAAAACAAACUUCGAAUUACAUGUAGUUUGGUUCGAUGCAUCGGCAACUUUUAUGCUUGUUUUCAGCGUCUACUUGUGAUUUGGUUUGAUGCCUCGAUAACCUUGAUGCUCAUUUUCAACAUCGCAAGCUGGAUCUGAAUGUUGUUUGCAGAGCAUCAUAUUUUAGGUGUCUGAAAUGCACUCUAAUUGUUGAUGCCUGAUGUUUAUUGAUCUUGGAAAGUCGGAAGGGAAAGAAAGUAAAUCGCAUGAAUGUUUCUCUGGGUCCAA